AUGGCUUCUUUUCAGAAGUUAAAAUGCUUGAACAAUGGAAGAAAAAGAAGUGCGGUUAACGAAUUAAUAACGAUGAUAAUGAUGAUAAUCAAACAUCAAAUUGAUUGUUUUAUAAAUCUCAAUGGAGGUGAUAUUAAACAACUUGAAAUUAAAGAAGAAAAUAUGGAAGGAAGUUCAAGUCAGAGUGGAGGUACUUCUACCAAUACUGCUCCUGGUAACUCAGAAAAUAAUAACUCUCUUUCGUAUAAAACGAUUUUGUAUGAAAAUAUGUACAACAAUCGUAUCCUUCUUAAAUUAGAAGAAGAUGGAUUCAUCACGCCUGAUGAAAAGUCAAAAGAACUUAUUAAGGAACUAUCAGAAAUAAAGUAUUUAUAUGCUUUGAAGGUGCUUUUUGAAAACUUACAAAAUGAGUUUUCAUCUCAAGUUUUAGCAAAUUUAUUAGAAGCUUUAGUUGAUACUCCUUUUAAUCAUUAUUCAAAAGAAAGUGUAGCUAGAUUAGAAUUACAUUUAAGAACUUUGGUUACCGUCUUAGAACGGAUAUGUUUUUCACCAAUAGUACUUAGUAAAGAACUUCGAGAUAAAGUUUAUAAUUCUUUAGCAAAAUUUGCAGAAAUUCAUCGUAAAACAACUCAAGUUAUCGAAAUAGGACUUGAUAAUAAUUUUAGACGAAAUUUCAAUCAAUUCAAUCAACAAAGUAAUAAUCAAGACGAACAAAUUAUUAAAAAGCGUAAUUAUAAUAUUGAUUUUUUAUUAAUCCAUUUGCGAGAUACUCUUCAUAGUUUACGUGAUGAUGAAGCUAGGUUUCAGGAAAUUAUACGAAGAAUUAGAGACUUACUUAAGACUGCAUUGAAUAUUACACCAGGAAUUCUAACAAUAGCAGGAAUAAAUCUUCCAAAUGAUUGUUCAAUCUUAUCAAUGCUUACUCAAAUACGCCAAAGUUUAAGUUUUAAAUAUCCAGUAGCAUCUUAUUAUGUAGAUUGGAGAAUUAUGUUAAUAAUUCAAAAUAAUCUUUUCAUUUGGUCUGAAAGUUCUGAAAAGAUUAUUAGUAAAAAAUUUAGUGAAUUGGUACUUAUGGAAUAUAUCUGGAGCUUUUUGGAAGGAGAAUGGGUUAAUGCUGCAGACAAAUCUAUUUUAGAUUCUCAAACAAAAUUUGAUGAAGUAUCAAAUAAAGUCGUUAAAUCUUUGAAAAAUGCUGGAGGCUUUUUAAAUGAACUUGCCGGAAAUGAACCUAUUGCAUUACCACAUACUUUAUGGUUUGGAAUAUUAGAUCUUGCACAAAAUCUUAUCCAAAGAUCAUCCCGAAUAGCAACAUAUGGUCUUUGUUAUUAUUUAGCAAUUGAAUCACUUAAUAAAGCACCAAGUAAUUUUAUUCAGUUUAAAUCUAUUGAACUAUUAUUACAUUUAUAUAAUGUUGAUAAUAAAAUGUUUUCAAUGAUUGAAAUUGAUUUUGAUCAAUACACACAAAAAUUAAGUGAAAAUAAUUUGGAAGAUUCUUUAGAAAAUUUUCGAAAUUUAUUAACUUUUGUCAAAGAGAAAUAUCAUGAAGAUUUAAAAAUUUUAAGUAAUAAUACUGGAAAAGGAAAAGAGGGAAAAGGAAAAAGUUUAAAUCAAAAUUCUUAUUUAAAGAAAAAACAAACAUCAAAUUCUAAUAUUUUAGAUGUUAUAGCAGAUGAAAUUACUUGUCCAAUUAAUAGUGAACCAACUGAUCAAUUAUGUAUUUUAAAAUGCCAACAUAUAUUAGCAAUAAGCAAUUUAAAAAAAUUAAAACAAAAAAUAUGUCCUAAUUGUCGGGAAAAAAUUGAAGAUAAUGAUAUUAGAUAUUUACCACAAAAUUCAAUUUAUAAAAAUUUAUAUACAAAAUUUUUUGAAUCUGGACAUAUUUUACCUUCAAUUGAAUUAGAAAAUUCUGAUCAACUAUAUGACAGCGAUGAUUCAGAUAAUUCAGAAUUUGAUUUUAUAUUGAUUAAAAAUUCAAAUAUAUCAUCAUCAUUACUUUCAAGAAUUACAAAAAAACAACAUCCAACAUAUCAAAAUAUUAUAAAAGAAAUAAAUGAAAAACAUUAUGAAAAAGCUGAAUCAUUAUGUAAGGAAUUUUUAAAUUUUUUUCCUAAAAGUUAUUCUUUAAGAUGUAUUUUAGCUUAUAUUUAUAGAUGUCUUAACAAUUAUGAACAAGCUCACUUAUACUUAGAAGAAGCUAUUUAUUUAAAUCUCUAA